CCCCGGGGAGCUGUGGCGGCGACGAGCGGAGUUGGGAAGGCGCGGCCCGGCCCGGUAUAAAACAGGAGAUGCCUUGCUGUCUGGGCCCAAAUGCUGGUGAGAACUCCAGUUCCCAACGAGCUGCUAGAAUUCCUGCGUGGACACAGUCCUUGAACCCUGCCUGAGUGGUGCUCUGUCUCUCGUAUCUGCCUUGUAGCAACAGUUAUGGAAGGAAAUGGAAAAACUUCUGCAUCAAGUCAUCUGAAAUUUCGCAUACCAAAGAAGAAACCAAACACAAAGUCAGAGGAUGUCCAUGUUCAGUCCCCUUUGUCAAGGCUCACAGAGUCCCAUCAAUGGGACUGCCCUUUACAAGAGUGGAAAUUAAGGGCAAGAAAUCAAGAGCCUUAUCCACAGUGGAAAAGACAAAGGGACUUUGACAGACCCAGCUUCAUUGGCGAAGGACCAACAAUUGGGCAACCCACAGUUAUGUUGACGAAUGUCCUGAGGACAGAAAUAGGAAGAAAAUACACACAGAGCCAGCUUAUAACUGAUGCUAAUUUAUCUGAUGUUGACAAGUUGCAAUCAGAUCGACCACCCUCAUCAUCCGUUGCCAGCCUAGAGAUAUUGCAAAUAUUAAAUCCUCCUCUCCAAAACCUUUUUAUAUCCAAAAGGCAACCCAAAGUUAUUUUGAAGAAUGUCCUGAGGAUGAAAAUUGGAAGAAAAUACAUAAAGAGACAGCUUAUAACAGAUGCUAAUUUAUCUGAUGCUGACAAGUUGCUAUCAGGUCAACCACCCUCAUCAUCUGUUGCCAACUUGCAGACAUGUCACAUAUUAAGUCCUGCUCACCAAAGCCCUUUUAUAUCUAAAAGGAAUGAAUGGCGCCAGAAGAAGACAGAUGAUAGUCUUCUGAAAUUGUCUGAACCUUCUAAAGAAGCAGAAAGCAAUAAUGCUCUGUUUACUGUAAGAAGAUAUGCCCAGCAGAAGAAAGAAAACAAGGAAAGCGAUCAACAAGAUAAAGAAAGCAAAACCUUGAACUGUACCUCUUUUGGUUUGAGGGAAGCAAGUUGUCUGAAUUCUGAGAAGAGGAAAAGAAGAUUUUGUGGCCAUUUUCCUGAUCCAUGUAAUGCAAGUUCCCCUGGAAAAGUACCAUCGUCAUAUAAAGAACGAAGGAUAAUUUCAACCCAGGGCCACAGAUCUGACCUGAUUCAGGAAAAUAUUUCCCUGGUUGUAGAGGCAGCAUGUAAAGAAACAUCCAUCCAAGACCAUUUGGAACCAGCUCUCAGUUGUGCAAAGGAACACUGCUCAGAGGCUCUUCCCAGGAGUUCAUUGCAGAAGCAGUAUUCUGCCACCAGUGAGGAUGUGAGGAUUUCCCCACUAGUUGGCACUGCUGGUAAACCAAAGAUGGACAUGUCAGAGUAUCUGAGCAAGUUGCGCAACAGAAUCUGCAAGGACAAUCAGUCAUUUGUUUCAGCUGAACCAAUUGUUCUUUCCAGCGACGAUGAAGGAUCUUCUGAACCAAAAGAUCCAGAAAAGCUGGAUCUGCAGCCCGUGUAUGAUGACACAACCGAUAAUAAAGAAACAGAACAAGAGACUGAGUUACCUCUGGCAGAAGAGCUAUUGCAAGAUGUAACUGAAGAUGAAGAGCAGCUUUGUGUUUCAGCUGAACCACUUGAAGAUAACUCUUCCACAGACUUACCUUCCUGUAACACAUCCAGUAAACAGAUGAGGCCAGCAUUAGAUAUUAAGAUUACUACGCUCUAUAUAGGAAACAUAAAAAGAAUGUCAACAGGUUGUGUUACGUUUACUACAAGAUCUAUUACGAUCCCAUUUCAAGUGGCUCCUAAUAAGAACAUAGAGUUGUCAGUGGAUACCAUACACCUAAGAAAGUUUGGCCUGUGGGGGAAUAAUGAAGAUUGUCACUUUUCAAGGAGUAGCACUUUCAUUUUCCUUUGGCUGUCUGCAGACUACGUAGAAAACAUUGAAACCCAGUUAGAAAAGUCUGUUUUAAGCAAGCCAUCCAAAUCUAGCGAAUUUGUUUUCCUUGAACUCUUCCAACCACUCACAGAAGGAGAACAGAUUAAGCUGAAUGAGAUGAUUGCAGAAGUGAGCAAGAAAAACAGGUCACCAGAUCUCUCUGACUUCUUGUCUUGGAAGCAGGCAUUACCUUUGUUUAAGGACUUGUCGCCUGAGGAAAGCUCCUUUAUGAAUUGUUGCCAGGCUUCAUUUCAGCAGCAGACUCAGAAAGACAGCGCUCCAGUUCUUGUGAACCCCCUACCUCAGCAGGGACCAAAAGCAAAUGUUACCAAGCCAAGUUAUGCUCUGUUGCACAAGCAAAAUGGUGGUUGUUAUUCCAUUGCUCUGUCAUCUAAGUCAGAUGAUGAGUGGAAAGAAAUAAGAGAAACUGGACCAGUUCAGAAUUUGAUUGUUUAUCCUCCCCCUCCCACAAAAGGAGGACUGGGUGUCACAAGAGAGGAUCUAGAGUGUCUAGAGUAUGGAGAAUUCCUCAAUGAUGUCAUCAUUGACUUCUAUCUUAAAUAUCUCUUGUUGGAGAAAGCACCAAAACAGCUUGCUGAGCGGUCACAUAUUUUUAGCAGCUUCUUCUAUAAGUGCCUGACCAGGACAGGAAAGAACUCCGAAGAAGAUCCCAAACUGUCAGUGGCACAAAGAAGACAUAAAAGAGUAAGAACAUGGACUCGACACAUAAACAUCUUUAAUAAAGAUUAUAUCUUUGUCCCUGUUAAUGAGGAGUCUCACUGGUACAUUGCAGUAAUUUGCUUUCCUUGGUUAGAAGAAGCGGUAUAUGAGGACUGUCCAAAUCAGGGGUCACUGUGGUCCCAAACUCGGGAAUCCCCACUUCAGUCCGAAAAAAAGAGAGAGACCGUUAGAACUAACACAGUGCUGGUCUUCAAUGAUAAUUGGAAGAAUAAAGAAGAACUGGAUGUAAAGAGCAAUCUGCACUCAGAAGGUAAAGAUCAUCAUGCUUCGUCUCCAAACUUGGAGUCAAAUCAUUAUGAAAGCUCUUUAAGUAAUUGCAAAUUAAAGAAAGUUUGUAAAAGGCCUUGUAUACUCAUCUUGGAUUCUUUGAAAGCAGGUUCUCUGCAGAACACAGUUCAAAUCUUGAGAGAGUACCUGGAAAUAGAGUGGGAAGCUAAACGAAAAACAUACCGGGAAUUCAGCAAAUCAACGAUGUUGGAUUUCUGUCCCAGAGUCCCGAAACAGGAUAACAGCAGUGAUUGUGGAGUAUAUUUAUUGCAGUAUGUGGAAACCUUCUUCCAGGAUCCUGUUGUUAACUUUGAGCUACCAAUGCACUUGGAGCGGUGGUUCCCUCGUCGGGUAGUGAGGAGCAAACGGGAAGAAAUUCGAGACCUGAUCUUGCAACUGCACUUGCAACAGCAAAGCGGCAGCAGCAGCUAAUGAAUCUGUUCAGCCAAACCUGGCACAAACAUUUACAAAAAAAUUGCUGGAAAGCUGCUUAGGAGCAUUUAGACUCUUCCUUACAAGAAAAAAAAAUGCCACAUAGUAUUUUUGUUUGUUUGUUGUAAAUUUAUUCUGAGGCUUUAUAUUUGAAUUGUAUGGUUAGAGGGUGCAGGGAGGGCUGGGUGUAGGGUUUAGAUAAAGCAUAAAUAUGUAAUUUAAAAUUAAUAUUUGUUGGCUAACUGAAUUUUCACUUGGAAUCUGGGAGCAGCAUACAGGUAUGUGCCGUAAAGAUGUGAAAAUAUUUUAAUUCUAAGGAGUGUGUUCCUCCCCAUUUGUUACAUUCAUGUAACUCUGGGAGCUGAGUAAGCAUAUAGGUGUCAUAUGUGAUGCCUCUUUGUUUAACUUGACGACUGAUAAUAUCUCCGACCAAUUAUUGUAAGUUUCCCCAUGUUGCAAUUCUCGGGUAUAGUAUGAAUACUAUGUAUUUUUUAGUUUGAGAAUAUAGUACUGAAUCUCUUUAGAGAUGCCUUUUGUGGUAUAUUUUGUAAUAAACUGAAUCGGGAGUAACCUGCACCCAACAGGAGAUCAGCCUGUUGAGAAUGGAAAUUGCUGUUUAAGUGUUUCCAUCAUAAAACUUAUUUUCAAAGGAGUUGAAAACAUUUGCUCCAGGGUGAAGCUUGAAACCUUGCAAGGUGAAAAGUGAACUUCCUUCUACAUUUUUAGAUCCUUUUUUUCCUUAACCAAAUUUUUAGAAAAUGGUCUUGAUUUUAAAAUAUAAAUACAUGCUGGUUGCAAAGACAGUAAAUUAAAUCCUCCUCAUCUUACUCUUGUGGGUUGUCCUAUUGACUCUGAUAGGAUGACUUGCAUGUGUAUAAGACAAGCAAGGUUUGGCCUAGUAUGUUAGUUUUAGGGGCUCUAAUGUGAAAUAUAUGCCUUAAGAAACUGCAUACGUAUUACAGUGUCCAUUCCUGCAAACAGUUAGGUCUGUACAGAACUUUACUGAUGGGAGUUGGUCCUAGUGAAUCCUAUUGAGUAAAGAUACUCAGAUGUUUAGGAGUUUGAAUUGGGCCUUUAUUUGAUAAGCUAGAACAAGUGAGUGUAUAUAUAUUUAUCCAGUUUUUCAAAGAGACGUUAGUCACAGAAAGGUUUGAUGACCUUUUAAUAUAUGUGUAUUUCUCCCAUGGUCACUAAUGGAAGUUAGGUGGUUGUGUUGAAAAGGAGCUGUCUUCUGUUCUCUGUGGUAAGUCAGUACAUGUUUCAGAGCUGCCUUUGAAAGAAUUGUAUUUCAAUUAAUCAGCAACACUUCUUCUCUUCCCACCCCAGCCUAUGUUUUAAAGCAGCAAUAGCAGCUGAGAACCAGAAGAAGUUGGAGCCUUCAGCACUGAAAGUGAAUUGCAGAACUAAAAUGAAAAUGGAGGGAAGGCCAGAAAUGUGUUGAAUGCUCCUAGAACUGAGGCUCAGGGCCAGAUCCUCAGCUGGUGUAAACCAGUGCAACUCAGUUGACUUAAUUUACAUCAUUGGGAGGAUCUGGCCCUCACUGUAGGAGUGCACUCAGCACAGAAAUGCAUUCUGUCUCAAACCAGGAAGUGCUGGAUGAUUUUACGGGGCGAGGAAAAAUAUUUUUAAACAGAGUUUCUUUGCUGAGUGCCAUUACCUUCUGCCUAUCUUCAGCCAGCUUAGUGAAGGUAGUCAUUAUGCAUUUCUGGACUUAACAUCAUUUCCUUUUUAGUUUUGCAGUUCACCGUUUCAAGCUUAAACUAUAGCAACUUCAUUUCUUAUUUGCAGGGGUUAAGAGCAUCAGUCUUAGCCUCCAUGAACAUGUGUUGCUUUCCUUACCGUAGCCACAGCAUCAGAAUGAUGAUAGACGUAAGUUUUUGUAUUUACUGUAGACAUAGAUAAAAGGCUAAGUAAAUAAAUGUAUAUGGUCACACUAAGCUUUUUCAGUUGAUGGGUAUUUUUUCUCGUGAGCCUGGUAAAGUUGUAUUAUAAAUUGGUUUUUUUACAACAGUAAAAUUGGUUUUCAUCAUAAAAUAGUACUUUUAGAUCGGCUUGUUUGUACAUUUUUAAACAUAAAAGAAGGGGCAAUCUUUUAAAAUCACUUCUAUGACAUCGAGACCUUCCUUACAAAUUGAUGAUGGAAAUGUGUUUUGAGAAUGCCAGUGUUUGAUAUUAAAAAUCUUUAAAAGUUGUU